AAACCUCUGGAGCACGAGGAGUCAGCGUGGGAUCGCAGCACCACGAGAGCUCUUGGAAGGAGCUGUAGAGCACUGCUCAGCAUCACAGCACCACGAGAGCUCUUGGAAGGAGCUGUGGAACUCCAUCUCACUGCCAGUGUCCCGCCAAAAAGCAGAGGCACUGCUGAGUUCACUGGGAAUUACAGGGAGGAGAGCAGUGGGCUGAUAGAGCUUAGUUGGUGAGCCUGGGGCUUGGAGCUCAGCCCCAGAACUCUGCACCUGGGACACUGAGCGACCAGGCUGAUGGAUUACCUGCUGGACCUCCCACUUGGAGUCAAGAUCUAUGUGAAGCCCAAGUCUGUCUUCUGCAGGGGAAAGCUGGGGGAAAAGCUUCUUGGACCAUGUCCAUCUUUUAAUCUGAACGAUCCCUACAUGCACCAACUGAACCUGCCAUACAACUGCCUGCAUGACCCCCACCUUCGGGACUACCACAAGCGCAAGGACAUCCUGCGGAUGCUGAAGAGACAGGGCUGCAUCACCAGUGAAAACAAGGUGAUUUGCUCUGUGAAGGAGUUCAACGAGUACAGGCAGUACCUGACCAGGAUCAAGCUGGAGUUAGAGCAGAUGUUGAGGCAAGAGGAAGGGCUUCUGCAAUUUUUGGCCAAAUUAAAGGCUGGUCCCAAACUGCUGAGAGCCACUGACACUUCCUGCCGGGCAGAGCGGCAGCCACAGCCUCAGAAACCUUCUUGCCCACCACAACAGAAGAGCAAAGAGACCCCCCUGAAAUCAGGGAGAUUUAGAAGAGGGAAAGUAGCUUUAGACAAGAGCCAAACCUACGCCACAGCUGAGCUGGGUCAGGAAGAUGCCAGCAGUGCCACUGACUCCCAGAGGAAGCCGGACAACGCUGCUGACAGCCUCUUUAAAGCUGUCUUUGAGCAGCUGACCACAGCAGAAGCCCACAAGGUCCAAGAGCUGGUUGAGACUGUUGUGCACAAAGUCUUUGGCAGGCUCAGGAUCCCUCAGGAUCACUAUGUCGACUUUUUAAGGAGGGCUGUCCGGAGGAUCAGAGGAAUAGCUUUUGAUGACCAUGUGAGAACAGAGACACCUCUAGACCACCGUCAAGAAAUAGAACUGGUGGCCAAGGAGCUUCUAGCGAUGGUGUUGGAGAUCUUGGGGGAUCGUCUGGAGUCCAAAGCUUCCGAGCCAGAGAGGGCUGCCAGGAAGAAGGAGCAACCUGUUGACAGAAGAGCCACCCGAGAGGACAAAUCCAAGGAAGCUGAAACAGACAGAGCACGUUUACACACUUGCCUUGACAAUCUCACCACGCAAGUUGUUAAGAAUGUUCACUGCCUCUUAAAAUCCAUGGUAGCUUCUCAGUUUGGAGGAGACUCCAGCUGUGAGUACACCGAAAUCCUGAAGCUUUCCAAGGGUAAGGUCUCCAACAGACAGAUGCAAACAGCAGUCUCUGAAGCAUCUGAAGAACAGAGCCAGGAAUCAAGCACAGGAGUAAAGCUGCCUGCCUUAGAACCACAGCUUCAUGCAGAUGGGACUGGCUAUGCCAAAACCAUGGAGCCUGAGAAUCCUGCAAUGGUGAAGGAGAGCUUGGUGAGAGAAGCAAAUCCAGCAACUUCAGGCAACACUCUGGACAUAGGGACCAUUGCAAAUCAGAUUGUUCAGUCCUUGUUGGACCAGAUUGUUCAGCAAGGACCUUCACCAUCCCCUAGACAGAAUAUUCAAGGACCUGUCCUAAACCCAGACACAUCCAAAGGCGGAGAGGAGAGCUGUGCUUCUGGGGACACUCUCCCCUCCUUGGACCCACAGUUUUCUCGACAGCCCACCCCUCCAGAGGGUCCAAAGCCCCCUGCCCAGGCCAGACCACGGCGCAGAUCAGCACACAUAAAAUUCAUAUGAAGCAAGAAAGGUGUGUGGCAGGAGAGCUGAAGGGCCUCUAGACAGCAAAUCUCACACCCUUGUUGUGUCAAUAAAAUGUUUACUCCCAAGGCCUUGCUUGUGCUUCCUCCCAACCAGGCCAAAGUACAUCUGCUCAUUUUCCCUGCUGUAACCUGUCCCAUCCUCUUCCCUACUUAAAGCUUCAGCCCCACUGCAAGCCAAUUUCACUGAGCUAGGGAGGUGAGGAGUAAGCAGCAUUUUUGUCUUGUACAGCAAGCUUUGCUAUCAGGUGCGUGGAGGGAUGUGUCCCACUGGAGGUAGCCUGGCUUUCACCUUUUGUGAAGGACAAUGAUGUCUUUGCUUUGCGAUCCUUUUUGUGGGGCCUUUUCUCCUCACACCAAGCUGCCCCGGAAGCUCUGCACGAGCACUUGCUGUUGGGGAUCAACAGCAGCAUCUGCAUCUGGACACUGCUCUGCCACCUUUGGGCCUCACCUGCCCCAAGGAG